GCAAAGACGGACCUGGCCUAUGCUGAGAAGAUGGUUCAGCUCUACUCUCAGAGUCAGCCCUCAGCUGCCUGCGUCACAGCCCUCAAGCAAGUCAUCUGUGCCUACCACUUCCCCUUGUGCACCAACGACGACAAGGAGUUCACGCAGAUCUGCUACGACUCCUGCGCCGCCAUGCACGCCUCUUGCAACAACGUUACCCUCCCAUACUUCGCCUCCAUCGGCAGCCGCUGCAACUUCCUCAGCGUCUACAGUGCUGGAGCCCCUGUCUCCCAGCAGGCGUACAUAACUGCGAACUCUCAGUGUACUGCUGUAGGAAAGUCAGUGCUGGCAGGAUGUUUCAGUGUGGACGGAAGCGUGCUGAGACAAGUGGAGGAGGCAGCAGAAGGGGCGGGCAGUGAGGGGGUCAGGGCUGAACGGAUCAGGAUCAAGGACGUCAAACCCCGGGGGACAGGGAUCCUGUCACAUGACAACCGUAGGAACAAGACGAGGUUCGCGCGAGUUGUCUUCGUGUUCGAGCAUGAGACAGCAAGGCAGACGUCGAUAGUCACGGCAAGAACGAGUCAAGGACAAGCCUUGCAGCUGCAGCUCUCAAGGAAGCAUGUCUUGCCGGUACUUGCCUCGUCCGGCAACGUGACUACACCGGAUGUCAAACACAUGUUUGCGGACGAGCUGAAGGAGGGGGACGUUGUGUGUAUCAGCCCAGUGGCCUCUAAGAGUGAGCUGAGAACGCUCAGGGUCGACUUGACGACCCCCCUCCAUGCUUGUCAACACACCGCCAAGAUCGUCACAGUCCAGAACCGAACGCAGCGGGUGAAGUACGUGGUAGCAGACUCGGACUACCUCUACGUCGACGAGGUCUUCGUGACGACCUACAGGCAUCCCUUGCUGCUCCAUGGGGACCAGACAUCUGACGCCGUUUCUCAGCUCGUCAGCUGGCCCUCUGGAGACGAUCCCCUUCCGGUAGCUUGCAAGAGUCUUGACGACCUUGACGAGCUCCUGACAACUUCCUACAGCCUGCUGGACUGGCUUUCUCCGGACAUCCUCCAGCAUGCGAGCGUCCAGCACGCUCUUGGGAUCGUGCUGGAGUCUCCACUGCUCGAAUCCUUCGAGGAUGCCAUCAACGGGCUCAGGAUAGAGGAGACAGCAAAAGUCUUGGGUGAGCCUGACUCCGUUGCUGGAGCCGGAGCCAUCCAGGCCGAUGCGGCCGCCAGCUCCCAGCUGCUUUCUCAGCUCAAAGUCCAGCAGAGGCCUCGGGGCUACAAGGUCAUGUGCUUCUGCGAUGCAAGGGAUGAGCCUUGA